AUGGCUUGUACUAGGCUAGACAGUGCCAAAAAGCGGCGGCGGCGGCGGCAAAGAUACAAAGAAAACCAAGAAAAGAAAAGAGCUGCCAAAGCAAAAUGGGCUUGUCCACCCUUGGCAGAGGAAGAGAGGAAUGAAAGGAGACGGAGGAAGCAUCGUCGCUACAAUGAAAAGAGAAAAGGUAGCCAAGGAUCUUUUGCGCCGCCAUCCCAAGACUCUUUGCAACAUACCACCGCCAAUGCUUCAAUUUCAACACAGCAGAACCACCGACAGUUGAUUGUUGAGACAGUGGGAGCAGAUGAAGCAGAUGAAAGCGACGAUGACGACGAAUUGCCAGACACCAAUGCAAUUCUUCAGGCGUCACAGCAGUCAAUUCAUGUGGAGCGUAUGGAAGCUGUGAUGGGAGGACCAUCGGAACCAAUGCAAGAAGGGUUCCGAUCCCACCAGCGCCACCACCAGAUGCUUUUGUUGGCGCCUGGAACGACCCUCUCUUCCUUGGUUACCUUCGAAACCAUCCAAACAAUCCAAAUCCAGGUGUCCUCCCCCAAGUUCAAGCACCUCCAAGGGUUGCCGCGUCCGAUAAUCGUCAAGCUCAAGUUGAGUGUGGUGUUGCUGGUGGUCCAAUAG